CCCUGCAGGAAGCAGUGGAGGAGCAGUUUUCCUCUGGACAGGCAGGCCGCUGGAGCAGACGAACACUCGCAGGCCGACUCUGCUGGAUUGCUGCUGCGUAACAGUGGACAGACGGCAAAAUGUCUCUCUGCAGGUUUGGACGUGGAGCUGCUUCCAUCCUGCAGAGGUCUCAGCUUGUUGCUGUACAGCUGCAGGAUCUGACACCGCAUCACUCCAAGCUCCUCCUGUGGGAUGACGAGACGGAACGGCCUCACCCUCAGCGACUCCACCAGGGCCUCCAACCGAAGAGCUUUCUUCUGGCAGCUCCUCCUGUUCUCCUCCAGCUCCUCCCUCAGCCUGAAGCCAUGAGGACGAGUGAGUUUGACUCCUCAUCUGAAGAGGAGGAUGCUGGAGAGGAGCAGCUGACUCCCUUUCACAUCUCCUGGUUGCCUCUGUCCAUUGUGGAGUGCUCGCAGUUUCUUGGCAUAUGUGCACUACCAGGAUGCAAAUACAAAGACAUCCGCAGGAGUCUGGAAAGAGAUGUUGAGGAGCUCCAGAAUCAGGGGGUGCAGGAAGUGUUUGUUUUCUGCACCAGAGGAGAACUUUACAAGUACAGAGUCCCCUCCCUGCUGGACGUCUACCAGCAGCGCGGCUUCACCGUCCACCACAUGCCCUUCCCGGACGGAGACGCUCCUGAGCUGGAGCAGUGCUGCCAGAUCCUCGAGGAGCUGCAGGUCAGCCUCGAGAACAACAGGAGGACCGUGAUCCACUGUUACGGAGGCCUGGGACGCUCUGGAUUAAUCGCCGCCUGUUUGCUGCUUCACCUGUCUGUAACGCUGACGGUGAACAAGGCCAUCGAAGUCCUCAGGGAGCACCGAGGAGGAGGAGCCAUUCAGACUGUGAAGCAAUACAACUUCCUCCACGAGUUUCGGGACAAGUACUCGGCCUACCAAGAGGGCCGAGAGGCGUCGACAGAGCGCUCGGUGUCUCGGUGAUCCCUGAAGCUGUGAAAGUAUCACCUUUUCCUCACACUCUGCUGUUUGUGAGCAGUUUUUGUGUGUGUGUGUGUGUGUGUGUGAGAGAUAUAACUGCAUUCUCUGAGGUUUGCACUUUAACAGAAUACUCUUAAUAUAUUGCUGUUUUUCAUCCUCAUUGUAAUCAAAUGAAAGUCUCUGUGAGGAAA